AUGGAGAUGUGCACUCGGCUAUGGCUUGGACCCAGCACACACCGUGAUAGCCUUAUCGAGCAGGCCCGCAAUCACUACGACCAAGCGGCCAGGCUCAUCUGCCAUGCCGAAGAGUCGGUGCUUUCCAGAAGCAGACCAAACUCUGCUAUGUCUUCGGUGUCAAGCCUGCAUUCCCCGUCAGGAUCGAUUGGCUCUUCCCGAGCUUGGACGCCCGAGACCGCCUUUUCGUCUCCGACAGCCUCAGUCUGCUCAUCGGAAGACCUGAUAGCUCGAUCACAGCAGUCCCUGCUUAUACCUGACUCACCACCCCCACGCCCGGCGAGGAAGAAGGUCUCCUUCGAAUUGCCUCAAGAAACUACUACCGCCCCAAAGGGAUUUUUUGUUCGACCUGAUUCGCCAACGCUUGGUUUUGAUGACGAAUAUUUCACAUCCGCCCUCGGGCGCUCGACGCUACCCGAAGUCCCCAACCGCCCACAGACCCCCGAAUGCGCCCAGCCAGAUUCAGAUGCGGAGCUGACUCCGCGAGCACUGAAAGAACAAGCUUACAUAUUCGACUCAGACCGAGAUCAUAUCCGAGACUCGUUCCUCAUGCACAGCUCAGAGCACCGCUACUGCUUGCAUCUGGCAGAAAUUAAAAAACGCAGAAAGGCUCGUAUUGCGCGCUUGCGCAGGAAUGGCUGGCAGCGCAAACGUUUUGAUCCCAGCCGCUACGAGGCACUUCGUAUGAGUGCACUCGCCGAGCUGGACUAA